AGACCUUUGGUCAAGAAGAUCAAGCCAACGUCAUAUCAGCGCAUCGCGCCCAGUGAAUUCCUUACGCCCCCGCAAUCCGACAACUCCCUCACAUUUUUCUCACCCAUCCAGACGAAUAUACCCGCGGGCUACGCUCCAAUGGAGCCAAUGGCGCCCUGGGGACACUACGAGCCUGGCCACGGGGAUAUUUCGGCCGAGCCACAAGUGCCCACUCAUAUUCUCUCACCACCCUAUGAAACCGGCGCAUUUGUCUGCUCUGACCUGAUGCCCAGCUAUAAUGACUGGCGAGAGGGUGUGAUCCGAAACAGUAGUGUGGUGAAUACAACCCCCACUCAACAGCAGCCGCAGCAGCAGCAGCAGCCUCAACACCCGUAUAACUUUAUACCGGCUGCGUUUGCGUUAAGAAGGCCGCCUGAUCAAUCGAUUGAUCAAGCAUUUGAUCAUCAACUAGAUCAACUAGAGCCAGGACUGUAUGUUUGA